AUGGCCGACGACACAGUCUCCCAUGAGCAGAGACACAUGCUCCUCUCCUUAAUCGAGCGCUACAAGGAGAUCGACUUUGAUGAAGUCGCCGCGAAGACUGGCAUCGAGACUGCAGCCCAGGCCGAGCAGGCCCUCAACCACAUUUUGCAGAAGAUCGCAGGUCACGAGUCUGACGAAGACACAAUCAGCGACGAACAUGUCGAGGUUUGCAAGUGGCCUGGUUGUCAAGAGAUCUUCUCUACUUCCAUCGAGCUCCGGGAUCAUCUCAUGACCCACACCGCUGGUCUCAGGGGCGCCGAACGCAUCGAACAAUGUCGCUGGCCUGGUUGCACCUACGAGAAAACUCUCACCACUCGCUGGAGUAUUCACUUCAUCAACCACGUCUCAGAUAAGGGGUUCCACAAGUGUCAGAGAUGCAGCAAAUCAUUCUCCAGGGCCAGCGACUUCAACAAACACAACAAGGAGAAGCACCCUUCUCUUGCUCCUGCUCAAGAGACUGAGGCUGAGGCUGAUGCUGAGGUCGGUGAUGAGGAUGGGGAAGAGGUUGAGGUUCAUACUGGAGACGAGACCAAGGGCGCGGUCGAAGAAAAGACUAAGGAGGAGUAGAGAAGCAGGGCAUACUACACACUCAUAGAGUGGUCAUGCUUUCUCAAUCAUCCAGAACCUAUUGCUUAGAGCGAAGUACAGCAGAGUGUCUUUCCAUCGCCUGGCAGGUUGCAGCAUAAACCAGCGCUUUUAAUAGCGGUGUAACAAGACUAUUUGCUCCAUCAUUGAAACUCGUGUUGUCUCGGAUAUAUUGGUGACAAA